AUGAAAAAGAUUGUAAAAAAACUUUUUCCUACUUAUAUUAAUGAUAUUGCUUCUGAGAUUGCCUUUCCAACAAAAUCAUUUACUGGAAAUUUUAUAAGAAAAAAAAUUUCAUAUCAAAGUAAAGCAUUAAAUAAAGCUGCAAUAGAUCAGUUUCAACCACAAGAUGGUUGUAAUUACCUAGAACUAGGAUUUGGAAGAGGUGAUGGAUUACAAUUAUUUCAUGAUAUAUUAGAGGCAAAUAAAUUACAAGGAAAAUUAUUUGGAAUUGAGGCAUCAUCAUAUGCAUUAGAUAAAGGACUUCAUAGAUUUGCAUUGGAGGUUGCUGAUAAUAAAAUUAUACUUGAGAAAUCACCACGAUUAAUAUUACUUCCAUUUACAAAUGAUUUUUUUGAUGGAAUUUAUCAUGUUGAUGUUUUUUAUUAUUGGCCUACCAAACAUAUGACUAGAAUUCAGAGAGAACUUUUUAGAAUUUUAAAACCUAAUUCUAAAAUAGUUUGUACAAUGGAUUUGAAUAGAUUAAAAAAUUGGGAAAGUUGGGGUUUAAUAUCUUCAAAAGAUUAUGAUAUUAUGAGAUAUGCCUGGUAUUUGGAACCUUGUGGAUUUGAAAAUGUUAAUAUAAAAUAUAUAAAUGUGGAAAAAAAUAGGGAAAUUCAAGUUAUCACAGCUAACAAACCACCAAAACGAAUUGAAGAUGAUGAUCCAGAGGAAAAAUUAAAACAAUUAGAAAUGGAUAUAAAAUAUUAUAUGUUUGAAGAAGCUUUAUUAAAAGAAAAGGAAUUAGGAAUUACUUAA